AUGGCGACUCGUCCAGCUUCGUCCAGCAUUGCCAUGGCUCUUGCUAGCAAGACCGCCUCCGUUGAGAUUCCCAAGCCGCGUGACAGUGGCUUCGCUUCCGGUAGGGACAGCUUUGUGGCUGUCCAGACUCGUCACCAUCGUCAUGGCCAGCCCGCUAUGUUGCCUACUCCACCGCACUCUGUCUCCCCGAACAUAUACUCGAAUGGCUUCAAAAACCUCCACUCGAACCUCCCAGAUUCCUCUCCCUAUGCCUCCCUGCAUGUGGAUUCCGAUAUUGACCUGCAGGACGCUGUCGACCACGCGAAAAGCCAGGACCAGCACCAUCAUACUCCCUUGGUGGCCGAGAACCUGAGCUCCCUGACCGGGUCGGACCCGAUCUCCCCACGAAUGCUGGCUAAUAACCAUCUCCCCGACAUCCUUUUGAACCAUGGCCCCCUUGCUAUACGACACAUCAUUGGAUACCUGACCGCGUCGGUACCAGGUUUCUCCAGGAUCCCUCCGGCCAAAGCACGCAGACUGGUUGUGGGUGCCCUGGAAGGUCGAGGCAACGACAAUGGUGAAGGCGCAGGGGUCGAUGGUGAUGUCGAAUUUGAAAAAGUCGGAUGGGGCCGGUGGGAGGCGCGGCGUCGUAACCAGCCACCCCGACAUCCCAGCAGCAGCGGAGGAGAUAACCCCGCAUCCCCUCCUGGUAGUGUGCCAUCAUCAUAUUGCCACGAGAGAAUUCAGUUCCCGGCCACUGCUCCUGGUCGAAAGAUAAGGGACUGUUCCGGCCAGUAUGGCUCGUCCAUGGCAGGGGAUUCAGCUGUAUUCUCCCAUUCUGAUUUCGAUUACGCAGACCACGAGGCGGACAAAAUGUCUCUCGACGGCGACGGGGAUGAUAGGGCAUCCUCUUAUUGCUCCUCGUCCGAAGCUCCUGAGGAUGAAAUACCGAUUGACGGAGACUGGGACGAGGCAGACCUAACGGACGAAGAGGACUGGGCGCAGAUUGGAGCAGCCGCCCUCAGGGCUAGGUCUUACACUAGCGUCCCUGAGGGCGGUAGUUUUACGAAUAUCAACGACAAUAUGAAUCAUAAAUAUGGCCGCCAUCAUUACACUUCCUACACCAAGGGCUUCAGGGGACGGAAUCGUGGUGGCGGACCUUCCUAUUCGGCCCUGACCAAAUCCUCCCCCGGUGGGAUUCCUAUUCAGCCAAUUGAUUUUUCCCUUUUGGAUGGUGUUGGUGGUGGCGUCGAGGAACGCGCUGCGGUCGAAGCACUGCUAAAACUGGGUUCUAUGUAA